UCUCCCGUUUCGACGACGACGAUUCCGGCAGAAUAACCGUCAAGCCAACCCGCUGUGUGGAAACCCAAAACAAAACAGUGUACAAUCUGGCGGGAAAAAUAAAACAAGAAGAAGAAGAAGCAAGCCGGAGCCCGUCCUCCCGCUUUUCAGUCCCAAUGAUCCCGAUAAGAGCACAUGACACAGACCGAUCCCUCUUGGUCGGGUUCCCAAGUUGCCGGCAGCGACCAACGACGACGGCCAACGACGUCGGAUGAUGCAGUUUCGGGGCGGGACUUGCGGAGGGACUUGGGUCUAUGUUGGUUUCGCUCCUGCUCUCCUCCUCUCUUCUUUCAAGACUGGCUCGCACAGCUUCUUGCCCGUCUCAUCUUGACUGCGGUGCAAGAGACUGGCCUCACCGGGGGUCCUCUCAGUCCUCAAUCGCCCUGGCGUCCGUCGAGUCGAACGUUCGUUCUCAAUUCCGCUGGCAGCAGCAGCAGCAGCAGGUUGUUCCUCUUAUAACUCACGUCCGUCCCGAACCAAGACGGACCCUACCCAGUGUCUCGCUACGCUACCCAAGGUGCAUCCCAGUGAACUCUUCCGGUUGUUGUUGGUGGUGGUGGUGCUCUGCAAACGUCGGUAGCUGAUCAAAACAAUUGAGAAAGCAAAACAAUGAAGAUGCUCAAGCAACGAUUCCGGGAGCGAUCUGAAAGUUGGCUGAGUGCGUCCACCGACCGCUUUCUCGUUCAUCCGCCGCAUCCGCCGCUCGUCGAGCCGCACAAUCCCCCCGUCUCCAUUCUGAGCCACAGUUCCGCUCUGACGGCCACAACGGCCGCAACCAACGGCCAAUCGAAUCUGUCAACUCUUCCAGUGAUUGAACUGAAUCCGCCUCUGAAUCCGGCCGGAUCCAAUUUGCUGUCUCAAAACUCGCCGCAGCUGCCACAGCAACAACACCAGCAAGAUCGGCCGAGGAAGAAACUUUCGUUCCGCGAUCCGGAAGUCACCAGCGCGGAGGCAUCCGGCAAAGAUGGUGACGCCUCGUCGUCCCACCAGCAGCCACACAACCAUCAACAUCUGGGCUUACUCAAAGACCAGGGCUUCUCCGACAGCAUGGAAAACGUCGAUCUGGAGAGCCAAGCCAUGAAAAUCGUGCGAACGGUCGGCCAGGCCUUUGAAGUUUGCCACAAGUUUGCCGUCCCGCCGAGUCUGUCGGUCGGCCAGCACGACGACAGCCACGAAGAAGAUGAAGAAUGCGAAGAGGAGGAAGAAGAAGAAAUUCGCGAUGAAAUGGACGGCGAACACGAGGAGGAAGCGCAAGUCCGUCACGAGCAGCAGGAUCUUCUCCAAUCAUCGGUCGAUCAUUUAUCCCUGCCCAGCAGUCUGGACAUGAAGCCGCCCAUUCGAUCAGUCGAAUACGGAGGGGAUCAGGUCAUUGACCACAAUCACACGGCCGAUCUUCUUAAUUUGAGCCUGGACGCGUCUCCGAAAAUCGCCAUGGAGCCGCCCCGUCUGGAACCGUCUGCCACCCAACAACUUCAGCAGCAAUUGCAAAUGAUUCAACAACAGCAACAACAGUCAUAUCCCCGUCCCGAGCCGAUCCUGGUGGCCCAAGCGAAUCAACAACAGCACGGCAACACCCCGUUGGCCCUCCAACACGAAGUGUUGCUCCUGAAACAACAAGUGGAACAGCAGCAGCAGCAAACACAAGCGGCCAUCGCUCAAGUCAAGUUGCUCAAGGAUCAGCUGGCCGCUGAAACUGCCGCCCGCAUGGAAGCACAGGCUAGAACACACCAGCUGCUGAUUCACAACAAGGAGCUGCUGGAUCACAUUCAAACGCUAGUGAUGCAGAUGCAGGAGCUUGAGAGUAAAGUACCAAUCAUCUCCAACCUACCGACUCCGUCAACCAUACCUCAGAUGAUGACCGUCCAGCAGCAGCAACAGCAAGCGUCUCGGCUUCCCACUUUGCGUGAAGUGGACUGCCAACAAGAAUUGGUCAACAUGGCCGCCGCUAUGCUGUCGGCCGCGGCGGCCAAUUCGGUACAGAACAACCGCGAAUUGCAAGCUCACCAAUUGCAGCAUCAAUUGCAACAACAGCAACAACAGUACGCUAUCCUCUUGGCUCAAGCCGUCCAGCAGCAACAGCAACAAGUCAAUUUCCAACAACUACCUCAACUUUUGAGCGCUUCGCCACUUAGCCCCGCAAUGAUGAACCAGCCACAAGCCCCCAAUAACUUCUUCCAGUUUCAAACCAACAACUCCUCCGCCCAAAAUUCGCCAAGUCAUUUGACUCUUGGAGGCCAUCAGGCCGUCAUCAACGCGCCUCAUUAUCAUUCGCCCAACUCUCCUUCGAGCUUCAACAGCCUUGGUCCGCUUCAUUCGGCCGGUCCGUCGACGGCCUCCCCAGGCAAUUCAGUGCCCAGUGGUCUGCAGCGGCCCUCACCCAGCCCGUUCAUCCUUCCUUUAGGCGACGUGGAUCAAAGUGGAUCGCACGAUUCCGGCCUAGGAUCUGGUCAUUUCCAGGCGACGGCAGGGGCAACAGCAGCAGUUUCCGUUCCGACGGCCUCGGCGGCUUCGGCUGCCGCACUGCGAUCGAUGGAAGUCAUCCGGCGCUUGCAGCUGAUUGGCGAAGACAGUUCUGGCGGAGGCGCCAGUGUCAAUUCGCUGCACAGUUCGGAUUCCGACCGCCAACGGAUGGAUUCUUCACUGGAAUCGAUGACGAGUGGAGGACAAGGCCGUCCUAGUCUCCCAACUCUUCACCAGCAAUUGGAACACCUUCGAUUGGGUAACGAGUCGGGAGGAAGUGACGAAUGUCGCACUCCAUCCAGCGUAUCGGGCGGCACACUCCGCCGCAAUGGGCCUUUCAUAACUCGUUCCACCUCGGAAAAGGUUCCCCACCGAAACGAGAUACUGGCUCAAGUCCAGCGCACUUCCUGGGCCCGUCACACUACCAAGUAAAACAUUUCCCUUUCGUGGAAACGCGAAGACGGAAAGAACAAUCAACCAAAAUGUAAAACAAAACCAAAAACAAAUUGGACUUAUUGGCCUUUGGAAUUCUUCAUUGGAAACAUGGCAAACUACAACGACAUUAUUCUAUCGUCUUUUUUUCUUUCAACCCCCCCGACAUUUAUCUUCAAAAAAAGCAAAACAAUAAAAAACAGUCGCAUUUCCAACCGAAACCGGACAAGUUCCUCAAAUCAAAAAUUCAUGGCAUUUC